ACAAAUCUACUCGCGAUCGAACCAUCGCGAUCGUGUCAUUAGAACUCUCAGGUUGUCUUUCUAAGUCAGUUCACAAUGCUUAAAGAACGGAGUAGUGCUUUACCUGUGCCUCCAGCAUUUGGGAAUGUGGAAUAUAUUAAGAGGAUCACCUAUACACUCUCCACAGACAGGAGAACAAUGUCCUUUGUGGAUUAUCUGUGGGGAUUUGAAAUCACAGGUGGUUCCGAUCAGUUUGAGCCCCUAACGAUAAUCAAUGUAAGAGAGGGAGGAUUAGCAUACGAAGCAGGAAUACAGAAGAAUGAUACAAUUAUAAAAAUUAAUAAUAUAUCAGCGGAGAAAUUGACCCUCAUGGAGGCACAAAAAUUAAUCAGAAAAUCAGGAAAAUCUGUUCGGAUCAUUGUUCAGGGCAACGACAACAGUGAGAGUGAUUUUGGCGCCGAAGACGAAUAUACCGUCAACUUUUGGUUUACACCUCCGAUAAAGCAUCAUGUAGCGUCAUCCAACAUCUCGAGGGGAAAGUUGACUGGUGUAUUUCCAUGGAAUGAUCGCAAAAAACAAAUUUACAAGGAAUCAAAUUGCUACAUGGUACCGAGCAUUUAUGUGGAAAGAAUGAUGCGAUCGUCGGCCAAUAGGGCGAUUAUUGAGUCUCUCGAAGAGAAAAUAGCAAUCCAGCACAAUGAGAUCAACACGAGAACUGAGCCCAGUGAUAUUUACUAUGAAUUAGAAGAUCUGCCCCUUUCCUCACGCACUGCAUAGUGAUCACGCAAUUGAUCGCGAUAAUUUCGUUCAUCACCGCCAUCGGAUUCACAGAUUGUUGCACCAAAACUAUUAAUUGAACUUAUAUCGACGAUCAGUUUGGUGGACAAUCUCAAGCAAGAUCAGUGUGUGAUUGGUUUCAGUGAGACAGAUCCUUGAUCAUUUCUUCUUAUUUAACGCGAUCGUACAAUAAAAUUCUUUCGUAAAAAUA